CUGCAUGAUAGUUCACUUCGCAUGCUGUGUUUAGCAUGGGAAGCUCACGAUGGUUUGGAAUAACAGCAAAGUUAUUACGUUCUAGUUGUCAGAAAAAUACAUUAUUUGACAAUUUUUUGCAUACCACUCCAGUAAGACUUAAGACUACUGUGAAAAAUCUUAAAGGAAGAAAAACAAGCUCCCAGCAAUGGCUGAGACGCCAGUUAAAUGAUCCUUAUGUUGUUCAAAGCCGACUGCAGCAGUGGCGAUGCCGCAGUGCGUUCAAAUUGAUGGAGAUCGAUGACAAAAACCAUAUAUUCAGACAAGGAGAUGUGGUUAUCGACUGUGGAGCUCACCCAGGGUCAUGGUCACAAGUUGCAGUACAAAGAGUAAAUGCGACAGGAGAAGAUAGUGAAGCAGAAGUUGGUUUUGUGAUCGGCAUAGACAUGGCCCAGACAGCACCUUUAUCUGGUGCCCAGAUAAUAACAGGAGACUUCACAUUGCCAGAUGUACAACAAAAAAUUUCCAAAAUCUUGAUGGGAAAACAGGCCAGUGUGGUCCUCAGUGACAUGGCCCCCAGGGCUUGUGGUAUAAAGUCACUGGAUCAUGAAAUUAUAGUGGACUUGGCAAGGACUGCUUUGACAUUCUCUCACACAGUUCUCAAGCAGGGUGGACAUUUUGUAUGCAAAUUGUGGGAUGGAAAUGAAACUAAAGCGUUAGAGGAGCUGAUGAAAACGUACUUUCAUACAGUGAAGAGAAUGGUUCCCAAUGCUAGUAGAAAAGAAUCAAAAGAACUUUAUCUUCUUGGAAUUGGGUACAGUAAAAAGAUGGAUAAAAGUUAACACAAAUAUACAUUUUUG